UCCGCGGGGGGCGGAGUUCCGGGAGCGCCACUUCCUGCUUCCGGGAAGGCACGGCGGCGCGGGGAGCACGUGGCCAUGGAGAUGCAGUCGUACUACACCAAGCUGCUGGGAGAGCUCAACGAGCAGCGCAAGAGGGACUUCUUCUGUGACUGCAGCAUCAUCGUGGAGGGGAGGAUCUUCAAAGCGCACAAAAACAUUCUGUUUGCCAACAGCGGCUACUUUAGGGCUUUGCUGAUUCACUACAUACAGGACAGCGGGCGGCACAGCACGGCCUCCCUGGACAUUGUCACAUCGGAGGCUUUCUCCGUCAUCCUGGAUUUCCUUUACUCCGGGAAGCUGGAUCUCUGUGGGGAGAACGUCAUCGAGGUCAUGUCUGCGGCUAGCUACUUGCAAAUGACAGACGUGGUCAACUUCUGCAAAACCUACAUAAGGUCCUCGCUAGAUAUUUGCAGGAAAAUAGAGAGGGAAGCCGCUUUCUACCAGGCUGACAGCGGGAGCGGAGGCUCCGCAAGAGAGGGCCCCUCGCACGGCGCCAAGGGCCAGGGCUCCGCCUCAGCCCUGCGGGAGAAGGAGAGGAUCGCGGAGUGCCAGGGCGACCCUCCCUGCGGCGAGUGCGCCAGCUGCCAUCCCCUGGAGCUGGUGGUGAGGGACCCCGGGGGCGGCGACUCCCCAGAUGAUGCCAACUCUUCCCUGCCCAAGGGGGUGGAACCCAAGGUGGAGUUUGAUGCAGAUGAGGUAGAGGUGGAGGUGGGUGGGCGGCUGCAGCAGUUCCCAACGCCGUUGUCUCUGGAGCAGAUGGAAGAGGGGCUGCACGGAGGGCAGGCGAUGGACCUGGCUUGCAAUAACUAUCACAUGAAACAGUUCCUAGAGGCCUUGUUGCGCAACAGCUCGGCUCAGAGGAAGGAUGACGUAGUUCAUCACUUUGUUCGGGGCUUUGAGGGUAGGCCGGAGGAUGCGGGGGUAGCCAUGAGCUCCAUGAUGGACAUUCACAGCGACUGGUACGGUGAGGACACAGGUGAUGUGUUAGUUGUGCCAAUCAAGCUUCACAAAUGUCCGUUCUGCCCCUACACGGCAAAGCAGAAGGGAAUACUGAAACGGCACAUCCGCUCUCACACCGGGGAGAGACCCUACCCCUGUGAGACGUGUGGGAAACGUUUCACUCGGCAGGAGCACCUCCGGAGUCACGCUUUAAGUGUGCAUCGAUCAAAUAAGCCGAUUAUCUGUAAAGGUUGCAGGAGAACAUUCACGAGCAGCCUGUCUCAAGGAUUACGACGCUUUGGCUUGUGUGACAGCUGCACUUGUGUGACCACCACGCAUGAGGACUCGAUGCCCAUUAACCUCAGCCUGAUGGAACCAUCAUCAGAGGGCCAGGAGAAGGGCGAUACGGAUAAUGACUGGCCCAUAUACGUGGAGUCUGGGGAGGAGAACGAUCCCGCUGAUGAUGAUGAUGCUGAGGACAAGCAGGAAAUCCCCAGGAGCUUAUCAGACCGAGAAACGCUCACGUAGCAGUGGGAGGAGGUGGGGAGGAUUGAAAGUCUCUCUCUGACAGUGGUUGGUCUGCAACAGAAAACUUUGUGUUUAUCCAGUUAGUGAGACUGAGCUGUUUUUUUUAAAUUAUUAUUCAAUUUUUUAAUAGAAGAAUGGGAAGAAUUAGAGUUCUUAAUACUUCUAAGUUUUCAGUGCUGUGCACCAGAAUUCUGUGAAGAAUCUUCUGCCUGGGGUUCGCAGAGGUUUUAUCUGAGCAAUCUCCAGCUGUGUCUCUGCCUCCUGGUUUCGAGGGAGAGGCAGCGUUUUGUAGGCAGGACACCUGUUGUUUUCAUAGCAGGUUUCUUCAAAUAAUGUCAUGUUCCUAAUCCCUGGUCUGAAAGGGACACCACCGUCUCCCUGAAGAUUAGAUUAGAAGAAAUGUGGUUUUCGUCCUUACCUUGGACUUUUCUAAACUAAGUUGUGAUCUUUCUGUAUUAGGACAGUAUUAUCUGAACUGUAAACCUUGCGUCUUUUCAUAGACUUACUGUGACCUGGAAACCAGGGCAGACACGCCAGGAUAACAAAAAUAUGCUGCUACUGAAAGCAUAGAAAGUAAGAAUAAAUACAUUUCACAUAUCCUUAACUACAAGUGUUUAGAGAACAAGUUUCUCUUUCCGAAUUGCUUUUACUGCAUCUUCGUCUUUCAAGAGCUCAGACUGCAGCUCUUCAGGUGUGUCCUUGAUGUCACUUAGACACCAGCAGUUUUGGCUCAAGAAGUACUAAGCACAGGUAGUGGUGUCUGUUGUCUUGGUCUCUCAGCUUAGACUAAGUGAACUGCCCAGUUCUCUUCAGCUGUUCACAGCAGAAGUUAAGAGCUAUCCAUCAGGUUACUGGGGAAUUCCAAUUCCAGCACAGUAACUCAUCGGAUUCACAGCUGAUGUGGCUGAGGAAUGGUUAAAUGAAGGUCAGUGAGCUCUGCAUGUGAAACAGCACAGUGUACCUUUAUAGAAGCAAUUGGCUGGGAAAUGUCAAGAAUUCAUUGCUAAUCUCUUGUAUGCAAAUCUUUUCCUCUGCUUUCUUUCAGUCUUUAGCAAUCUUUUUCACAGUCUGUAUUGCUGUAUAAAUUCAUACCACUAUUGGGGUUUUUAAACUCCAUUGUUUCAUUGCUGGCAGAGAUAAAGGUUGGCUUUCAGAUGAGGUGAGAUUUUUACCUUUCCAGGUAAAACUGAGUUAACAUAAGUUAUGAAAAAUCAGCCUGGGAAGCUUUAGAAGAAAACACCAACAGAAAUUCUGUUUGCACGGUGACCUACUGUUCCCUAAAGAAGAGACAGAACUGAAAGAUACUCUUAAGCAGCUUUGCUGUUUUGUUCAUAGGUGUUUAAGGAAAAGGCAAAUUGUGCAUGAGUCUUUCUAGCUGAAAUGCUAGAUCAGAAGACUAACUAGGCAAGGCUGAUGAAGAACGAGCAGUUCCUCCCACCUUUACAUGAAGAUACUGGCAUCACUUGCUGCGUUUAUUUUCUGUAACUUAAGCUGAAUAAGUUUUCAGUAGUUCCAGAUCAUCUGUAACUUUUAGUUUGUAAUAGUGAACAGUGUCAUAGUGGCACCUUGAAAAAUCUCACUGGGACAAGACAAAAAGAAUCCAGGUCUCUAGUCCCCUUUAUUACUCAUCCAACUUAAGACUGUAUUGUGCAGAUGCCAGAUUUGGAGCUGAGCUCCUCUGACAAUUCCGUUGUCAUUUUGGGUCCGAAGCACUUUUGGAAACGGGAACAAAGCGUUGCCUUUAAGUGGUGCCAGCAUGCACGGAAAUGCCACCUGCAGCCUACGAGUACCAACCUGUUGAAUUGCUGUUCUAUUUUUGUUGAAAACAUGCAACUUCAGAGGGUGUUUUUCUGGUAUCUGAUUAUCUGGUAUUGGAAGGACUUCUGUGAGUAAGAACACCUGAAAAAGUCACAUUGUCUGUGUUUGUUAGGAGACUAGCUCACUAAUGAAAGUGAGAUAAGAAUGUAAAUAGGGAUCCACAAUGAUAUUUAGUGACCGGGCAUCCCAAGGCAGCAGGACUGGUCAUUCUAGCAUGAAGAUGCCAAGUCAUUGUAAAUAUUGGUAGAGGCAACUAGACAUGGAAUCUCAGCUGAGCACGGUUCUGGCUGGUGCGCUGCGAUGGAACUCAGAAGGUUCUCGUACCACGUGGCUGAGCUGUGCUGAGAAGCAGGGCAGCUAACUCUGAAACUGAAAGGCGUUCAGAGAAGGGAAAGUGAAGCUCUUGUGAAAGUCUGUAAGAAAAGCUGCAGGAAUGACUGCAGAGACCUUCAGCAAUUUUACUUCAAUCCGCUUUCUUUGGUCUUAGAGGUUGUUCUUGUGUGUCUUGUGCAUAGAGAAUGGAGCUGUGUUAUGGUUUGUGUGGCUCUGAGUAGGGGUGGGGGUGGGUGCUGCUCGCAUUCCAGAUUGAAAGUGACCACCAAAAUCGAUGUUUCCUGUUGAUCUGUCAUAUUGUGCUACUUCGUUUUCAAUUGAGUCCUUCAGCUUUUGUAUUUAGUAGAAGAGGAUGGAGUUUAUCCACAUUCUUGUGACCAAAUGUUCAUGUCAGUGUUUGCUGUGCUUUCCACCUGUUUUUUUGGUGUUUUCCUGAAAUCUUCCACUGUAAUUCCAGCCUGCACAAGCUUUGAGAAAAUGAUGUGCUAUAAAACAUUCAUAUGGUGCUUAAUGAAAAAAAUCAAAAAUGUUUUACAGAACUCAUUUCUAAUAUAAUCUCUUUCUCCAAGUUUUUAAAGGUCACACAGAAUACAUAUUUAAAAGUCUUAGCUCCAUGUAACUGAGUUUGUUUAGGAGCAUAUGUUUAGCAUACCUUGCACACAAUUGCACUGUGUUUCAUGGAGGAAUAGAUGCUGCACUGCUAUUCACAGUGCAUUUAACCUAUUGGUGCAGGACCUUGUAAAUCUUCCAGAUGUGGUAAUUUAAUUUACUGAUGUUUUGUAAGGCAGUUUCAUAACUGGAGUCCUUUCAUCUAGUCUAAGUGAUGAUUCUCAUAAAUCUAACUUUGUAGAAGUGACUUUAUAUUUGUGGAUCUUGGAGCAUUCUUGAGCUUUCUGAUUGUCUAGAAAAUAAAGCUCUGACAGGGUUGCUUUGGGGUUUUUAUUUUUUUUUUUUAACCAUGGAAAAGUUAACUUAGUGAAUCGGAGCAUGUCUACAUUGAGAUUCACAUUUCAGUUUCUAGGUGUUAAAAUUGAAUGCAUCCACUUCUGCUGACACACACCACGCGAGGAAAAGUCAGAUUCUUGGUAGGGAAGAACUAAAAGGAUGCUGUCAGCUUAAGCCGUAGCCACCUGGGAUAUUUUAGAAGAUCUUUUCUAUUACUAAUACUAACUUUGUUUUCUUACAAGCUGAUGUGGUUUCAUAACCAUCUUGAAUUUUUAAAAUCUUUUUCAAUGCUUUUCUUUUUUCGUGCUGGUCAAGAAAACUCCAACAGGAAAGCAGUCACUGAUGCUAGCUAGAGAACAUCUCGGCAAAUAUCGUUAGUAAGAUGCAUAAUGGGGAAAAAAAAACUAGAUUUGUUUUUUUUUUUUUUCAAUGGCAUUGGAUAUUUCACAUACAGACUUUUAAAAAUCCUGCUUUUAAAGUCUAUUUAAAAUCUGUAUUUAUCUGUUGGUUUAGAAUAUUGUGAGUUGUUGGAAAAAUGUAAUAACCCUUGCUUUCCCCCACUUUUUUACAGUGAAAUACAAUCACUUUUAUUUCAUUGGGUUCCUUAUUUUUAUACGUUUUUCUUUCAGAUAAGCCUGGAAAUUAUUCUCAUUUCCAAACCCACUGGAAUGCCAUUUAUUAUUUUUUUAAUCAUUAAAACUUUUGAUUAGUAUUAAAGAUAUUUUGGUCCAACUUAACAGCACCCUCUAAUGUGCACCUAAAACCUCAGUUCCCAUUAACGCCCGUCAUUAGCGUGUCAACGGAGUAAUUGAGGACGGUCUGUUUCUUACCUCUUGGGUUGUUUGACACUCUAGUUUUCUACAUGUCUGGAAAUACCCCUAGCAUGUAUGAGAAUCAAAGGGAGACCAGCUCGCAAAAGCCUUGCCAGUGGCUCCAGUUAGCUGUGCUCACACAGAGCUGCUGUUGGGUUUGCAGCUGGAGCUGUGAUGUCUCACUUCUGCCAUGCGGGUCCAUGGAGUGCUCUUUGUAAAACAGAAUUAAUGUACAAACCCACCACCCAGGAAAUUUACCCUUUUUAAGGGGUGGGGAUAAAAUACAUUUAAGUGCUUUCUCUAACUUUCUACAGUGGUGGAUGACUGAGUUUUCUUUGUGGUACGUUAAAUAUAUGCACUAUGUAUGUUGUUGUAUGUAGUCUAGUUCUUUUAUGGUUAAAGAACAUAAAGUGUUAAAUAUUAA